UUAGUCCCGCAGACUGCCAAUCCACGUAGCCAAUCGAUGGCCUGACUGGUGCUCCCUUUUACUUGAUUGGCUUAGAGUUUUGCAGCCGCCCAGACAAACUUGACGGGGAUUGGUCGAGUCUUCAGUUUUGAAAAUCGUAGGUUUGGCCCGCGCUGUACCGCCCCGUUGCUCCACUGCAGCCGCAAGCCUCGGAGGCCGGGAGCCGUGGGGCUUGGGCAGGCUGGGAUUUGUGUUGGGAAGGUCGCCGGACUUGGAUCAGAGCAGCACUUAAGGAGACGCGGUGCAGUCGAGCAGAGCCGCCAUGGGGACCACAGCCCAGGGGCCCAUUCACUUGCUGGAGCUAUGUGACCAGAAACUCCUGGAGUUUGUCUGCAACGUGGACAAUAAGGACAUGGUGUGGCUGGAGGAAAUCGAGGAGGAGGCCCAGCGCAUGUUCACCAGAGAAUUCAGCAAAGAGCCUGAGCUGAUGCCUAGAACGCCUUCACAGAAGAACCGACGGAAGAAGAGACGAAUUUCUUCCAUUCAGGACGAAAACAGAGACCCCAUCCGGAAAAGGUUGUCCCGCAGAAAGACGCGGAGCAGCCAGCGGAUCUCCCGGCACCUCCGCAGCAAGGACAAGGCGGAGAAGCUGGCCACAGUGGUGGGCGAGAACGGCUCCGUCCUGCGGCGAGUGACCCGGGCUGCCGCUGCAGCGGCAGCCACCUCUGCGGCAACCGCCCCUCCUUCACCCACCCCCGGAUCUCCCACUGUCCUGACCAAGAAGCCCAAGGAGAGCCCAACCCAGUGCCUGCCAGUGCCUGCGGUAGAGAUCGGUGCCAACGAGCGCCAGAGCGCCGAGAAGUACCUCAGUCAGCUCCAGUCUGCCCAGGCCUCCCAGAUCCCCUCGAGCUCGGAUGAGGAUUCAACACCCCAGAAGGCAGAGGCUGGGAGGCUGGAGUCUGUCACCGUGAGCUCCCUGAUGACUACACCCCGGGACCCCAAGGGCCGAGGGGCCGGGGCAGGAAGGUCUGCCUCCAAGCUCCGGAUUGCAGCAGCUGCCCCGGGCCCGCAGGACUCACCCAGCUCUCCAGCCUCCCCGUGGCGGGAGCGGGUGCUGGCUCCCCUCCAGCCAGAUAACUUCUCCACGGCCACGGGUGCCCGUGUCAACCGGCGGUCCGUGCGGCGAAGCCUGAUCGCCCCAUCCUCCCCGGGCCCCCAGGCCUCCCUGGCCCAGAAUUGCUCCCCGGUUUCCAAAGAAGAGGACACUGUCCGACGAUCAAGCAGAAGGAUCGCCAAGAAGGCUACCAAAGAGCCAACUGCCUCCGCCCGCAUCAUCUGCCACAGUUACCUGGAGAGGCUCCUGAAUGUUGAGGUGCCCCAGAAAGUCAGCCCCAAGGAGGAGGAACCCAGCAAGGAAGCUGAGCCUAAGGAGGCAGCCGAGCCAGAGGUCCCCAAGAACAAUGGCAAGGCCUUGCAGCUCCGCAGCACCACCAACAUCACCCUUAGCCCACCCAGCUCACAGCCUGCAGCCAGUGGCCAGGAGGCCGAGACUGACCAGGAAGAUGGCCCCAAGGAGCCACCCCAGAGUGUCAGGAGGAAGCGCAGCUACAAGCAGGCGGUGAGUGAGCUGGACGAGGAGCAGCAGCUGGAGGAUGAGGAGCUGCAGCCCCCCAGGAGCAAGACGCCCUCCCCACCCUGUCCUGCCAGCAAGGUGGUGCGGCCCCUCCGGACCUUCCUGCACACCGUUCAGAGGAACCAGAUGCUCAUGACCCCGACCUCGACCCCCCACAACAGCAUCAUGAAAUCCUUCAUCAAGCGCAACACUCCCCUGCGCGUGGACCCCAAGUGCAGCUUCGUUGAGAAGGAGCGGCAGCGCCUGGAGAACCUGCGGCGGAAGGAGGAGGCUGAGCAGCUCCGCAGGCAGAAGGUGGAGGAGGACAAGCGGCGGCGGCUGGAGGAGGUGAAGCUGAAGCGCGAGGAGCGCCUCCGCAAGGUGCUGCAGGCCCGGGAGCGGGUGGAGCAGAUGAAGGAGGAGAAGAAAAAGCAGAUAGAGCAGAAGUUUGCUCAGAUCGACGAGAAGACAGAGAAGGCCAAGGAGGAGCGGCUGGCAGAGGAGAAGGCCAGAAAGAAGGCAGCGGCCAAGAAGAUGGAGGAGGUGGAGGCGCGCAGGAAGCAAGAGGAGGAGGCGCGGAGGCUCAAGUGGAUGCAGCAGGAGGAGGAGGAGCGGCGGCACCAGGAGCUGCUGCAGAAGAGGAGGGAGGAGGAGCAGGAGCGGCUGCGGAAGGCGGCCGAGGCCAGGAGGCUGGCGGAGCAGCGUGAGCAGGAGCGGCAGCUGGCGGAGCAGCGUGAGCAGGAGCGGAAGAGGGAGCAGGAGCGGCUGCAGGCCGAGAGGGAGCUGCAGGAGAGAGAGAAGGCCUUGCGGUUACAGAAGGAGCGGCUGCAGCGGGAGCUGGAGGAGAAGAGGAAAAAGGAAGAGCAGCAGCGGCUGGCUGAGCAGCGGCUACAGGAGGAGCAGGAGAAGAAGGCCAGGGAGGCCGCGGCUGCCAGCAAAAGCCUGAACGUAACCGUGGAUGUGCAGUCUCCAGUUUGUACCUCGUAUCAGAUGACCCCCCAGGGGCACAGGGCUCCCCCCAAGAUCAAUGCGGAUGACUACGGGAUGGAUCUAAACAGUGAUGACUCCACCGAUGAUGAGGCCCAUCCCCGGAAGCCCAUCCCCAACUGGGCCCGAGGCACCCAGCUCAGCCAGGCCGUCAUCCGCCAGUAUUACCAGCCCCCGGACCUUAUGGAUCUCUUCGGAAGCCUCCUCCAACUGGACUUGGAGGAAAUCUUCCAGAAGAGCAAGCCCCGCUACCAUAAGCGCACCAGCUCCGCCGUGUGGAACUCGCCGCCCCUGCAGGGCCCCAGGGUUCCUGGCAGCCUGGCCUGCAGCCUGAAGAAGCACUGAGCCGGGCCCAUGGGCCCGCUUGGCCAUCUCAUCCUUUGUCUGUGUCUGUCUGUCCGUCUCUCUGUUGACCUGGUGCCCUCCUGCCUGGAAUCCUGUCGCUGAGGGUUUGGUCAGGUGUAUAUAAACAUCCUCUGUGCCACGGGUGAAGAGUGGCCCAGGCCUGCUGGGAGGCUGAGCCUGCUGGGUGUUCAGGGAAGACCCGGGCCCAGCCCCGGCUGGUCUGUUGACAGCACUCUGUAAAUAGAUUGUUAGAGUUGAGCUGAAUUUUAGCCUCUAGUGUUUGAGAGCUAGGUUAAUAAAGUCUAUUCCUUUAA